UAGCGGAGGGCGGGGGCCGGACGGACGAGUGCGGGCUGCGGCUCAGAUUGUGUCAGGGGCCCAACUGUUGCAUAAAGCAAGGUACCCUCUUGCAUUACUCUGCAUGGGGUGGAUGUAAAUUGUACCAGGCUGCCUGAUGUCAUGUGGCCUGUGUUUUGGACCGUGGUACGUACCUAUGCUCCCUAUGUCACAUUUCCUGUGGCCUUCGUGGUCAGGGCUGUGGGCUACCACCUGGAAUGGUUCAUCCGGGGAAAGGAUCCCCAGCCUGUGGAGGAGGAGAAGAGCAUCUCAGAGCGCCGGGAGGACCUCAAGUUGGAUGAGCUGCUAGGCAAAGACCACACCCAGGUGGUGAGCCUCAAGGACAAGCUGGAAUUUGCUCCUAAAGCUGUCCUGAACAGCAACCUCCCAGAGAAGAACUAA